AUGUUCCUCUUUGGAGUGGGCAGAAGCUCCACAAUCUACGGCAUCUGCCAAUCUCCAAAGGCAUGUAACACCGCGGGCAGACGCAACAAUGGCUCUGAAACAGCAUCAGUGGCAGUCUUCUUUUUCCCUUCUCUUCUCUCCUGCCAACCACGUCGCUCGACACGGCAUCGCAGCGGCUUUCCGCCCCCAGAAGCUGUUUUUGCCAAAUGCUCCUAA